AUGUCUUCUAUCACGUACGAAAUCGACCCCGACGGCGACAUUGAUUUGGUAUUGAAGGACCCCAACACACAAAAUAUCGUGCCAUUCAUCAAGGAGCCGGCGUCUACUCGUGAUCGCAAUGACACAUUUGAGAACCCACCUCUAGUUGGGAGAUACGAGAUCUUCAAUAUCGUCAACAAAGCAUGCGAUGAUGAAGCAGGCGAGAACAAAGCCGUUGACGACAAAACCGGUGUUGAUGAAGCCGGUGGUGAUGGGGCCGAAGUUCGUAUGCGUGUUUCUUCCCGGCAUCUGAUUCUCGCUUCCCGCACGUUCCGCAAGAUGCUCGAGGGAGGUUGGAGCGAAAGCUCAACUGAGGCUCUGCAGUCUGGCCGUCGGCAGAUUGAGACAAGUGGUUGGAACGCCGCAGCGCUUGCAAUCGUGCUCGAUACCAUCCAUGGCCGCCAUCGCGAUAUCCCGAAGUAUACUAACCUUGGGCUUUUGACCCGAAUCGCUACUAUAAUUGACUACUAUCAAUGCCAUGAGAGCUUAGAGCUCAUCGCCCAGAUCUGGGUAACUAGUCUGUGCAAUAAAUUCAGAAUGCCUAAGUCUAUCUGCAAGACCAGUCUCCUAUGGCUGUAUAUCUCUUGGGUUUUCUCCAAGCCGCAUAUCGCCGCUAAAGUAACCAAGAUGCUUCUGGAAUAUUCCUUCGGUCUUUCAGAUAUCGAGUUGUUCGAUCUCCCCUUGGCGGGUGUUCUUGAUAUCAUUGAGACUAAAAGGCAACAACUCAUUGGCAGGAUCAUAAGCGGCUUGAAUGAUCUUCGCAAAAUACUGUCAGAAGAGGACGGUUGCCUUGGAUCUAAUGACCCAAACUGUUCUGCCAUUAUGCUUGGUAUCUUGGUACGAGAGCAGCACAAGCUCGGACUUCUUGACCCGCAUCUUGCUGCUCCAUACAAUGGCCAUAGCAUUAAGUACCUGAAGAUUCGAAUAGAUGCCUUUCCCAGUUCAAGACCAGAACAAAAAAGCAUUGCCAAAUCGCCCGAACCAACAGAGACAAGACCCAGUCCUUACUACGGCUAUAACUCGCCCCCCAAAGCGGUCUCUACUGCAAAGCCAGACGAGGAAAAGCCCUGCAACUGCAACGUUUCAACUAGAUUGCAAUUCUUGCUUAGGGCAAUUGAGAACGAUCUUGCGAGUUUCGAGGUGACUACAGAACAAGAUCCAAGGCAAAACGGGUCAGGUUCACAAAUGGACUCUAUCACGUACGACAUCGACCCUGAUGGUGACAUCGAGCUGGUCUUGAACAAGCCGAACGAGCAAAACAUCGUCCCGCGUCUUCGAUUAAGCACCCACAUUGGUGAUGACGCCUACGAAGACCUCAGACUCGAGAACCCGCCCUGCCAUGGAAGGUACGCCAUAUUCAACAAGCUUUACGACAAAGAGAAACCUGCAGCUGGAGCCUGUAGGAUCCACAUUCGAGUCUCUUCCUGCCAUUUCAAAUUUGCCUCUCGCGUUUUUCGAGUGAUGCUUGAAGGACCUUGGAAGGAAGGAACCUCAUCUUCUGAGCCACUUCGACAGAUACACGCAACUGGAUGGGAUGCGUUAGCGUUUGCCAUUGUAUUGGAUGCCAUCCAUGGACGUCAUCGAGGGAUACCGGAUGAGCUGAGUAUCGGUCUUGUGACCCGGAUCGCUACUGUCAUCGACUACUACGAAUGCCACGACGCUCUCUAUGUUUAUUUUGAGCCGUGGAUGGAGCAGAACGAUAUAUCGGCCGUCUCGCUUUGGGCACUGUACAAGGAGACUCUAUUAUGUGUGUAUGUUGCUUGGGUCUUCUCAGACGAGUUGAUGCUCGAAAGAAUGGCAAAUCUCGUUUUUCGACAAAGCGAAGGCCUGUCACAAAUCGACACGUCCGACAUUCCCCUGGGAGGUGUUCUAGAGCGAAUCAACAAACAAAGACAAGAUUGUCUCCACCAACUCUUCGAAAAACUUGACGAUGUGCAAAUGCCAUUACUCAGGGAAAUACAUUGCCCCGCAUGGCACAAUGUAGAUUGUGUCUGUCGCACGUUGGGAGUGCUGAUGCGUGCAAAACACGAACUGGUCCGCAGCAAGAACCCUGAUCUAUAUCCCCACGUUCGAUACCCCUACGAAGGAUACAGCAUCGACGCCGUCCUGGAGAUGAUUGAAUCGACCGAGGACAAUAAGGCGAAAACCAAGUCAGAGUGUACUAUCGUUGCAAGAAUGAGUGCAGUGGUUCAAAAUGUCACGACACACGUUGUGGACUUUACCCUCAAAGAGUAA